AUGCAUCCAGAUCGAAAAUGGGAAGAAAAAAAAAUUGACUCCAAGAGUAAGGGAUUGCAAUGUAGUGAUUUCACGCUCAGUUGUUGGCUAACAAGGCGCCAUAGUUUUUAUUUCGUGAGGCCGGUGGCAGGAGAUGAGGAAUUGUGUAAGGCCCAGCUGCCACGGUUACAGAGCAAGCAGCUUAAAGGACUUCAGGGUUCCAAGUGUGAGGGGAAUUGUCUCUUCCCAGCAGAGCGAUACAACGGCGAGCGGGGCAUCUCCAUCCCGGACCACGGCUACUGCCAGCCCAUCUCCAUCCCGCUGUGCACGGACAUCGCGUACAACCAGACCAUUAUGCCUAACCUGCUGGGCCACACGAACCAGGAGGACGCGGGCCUCGAGGUGCACCAGUUCUACCCGCUGGUGAAGGUGCAGUGCUCGGCCGAGCUCAAGUUCUUCCUGUGCUCCAUGUACGCGCCGGUGUGCACGGUGCUGGAGCAGGCGCUGCCGCCCUGCCGCUCCCUCUGCGAGCGCGCGCGCCAGGGCUGCGAGGCGCUCAUGAACAAGUUCGAAGUUCUCCUGCCGCGCGCCCUCAAGGUGCCUUCCUACCUCAACUACCACUUCCUGGGGGAGAAGGACUGCGGCGCGCCCUGCGAGCCGACCAAGGUGUACGGGCUCAUGUACUUCGGGCCCGAGGAGCUGCGCUUCUCGCGCACCUGGAUCGGCAUCUGGUCGGUGCUGUGCUGCGCCUCCACGCUCUUCACGGUGCUCACGUACCUGGUGGACAUGAGGCGCUUCAGCUACCCCGAGCGGCCCAUCAUCUUCCUGUCGGGCUGCUACACGGCCGUGGCCGUGGCCUACAUCGCCGGCUUCCUGCUGGAGGACCGGGUAGUGUGUAACGACAAGUUCUCCGAGGACGGGGCGCGCACCGUGGCGCAGGGCACCAAGAAGGAGGGCUGCACCAUCCUCUUCAUGAUGCUCUACUUCUUCAGCAUGGCCAGCUCCAUCUGGUGGGUGAUCCUGUCGCUCACCUGGUUCCUGGCGGCGGGCAUGAAGUGGGGCCACGAAGCCAUCGAGGCCAACUCGCAAUAUUUUCACCUGGCCGCCUGGGCCGUGCCGGCCAUCAAGACCAUCACCAUCCUGGCGCUGGGCCAGGUGGAUGGCGACGUGCUGAGCGGGGUGUGCUUCGUGGGGCUCAACAAUGUGGACGCGCUGCGGGGCUUCGUGCUGGCGCCUCUCUUCGUGUACCUGUUCAUCGGCACGUCCUUUCUGCUGGCCGGCUUCGUUCGUUUCCAUGAGUGUGAAAUGAAAAAGAUAAUUUUCUCUCGCCAGACUCAAAUGAUCAACCUCAAGUUUAAGUCUGUCAUACAUCAUAGCUGCUCUGUGGACCAAUUUGAUGUCAUCUGUGUAUCAGGGAUAAGGUGA